AAAAUGUGCAAAACAACCGUCAUUUCCGGCAUGUGUAACCUAUAACCUUUUAGUGUCGUUGUAAAAUGUAAUGUUAGUUCUGUUGUUUUCACAUUUAUCCCCGAGAUUACUUGCAGAUAAAUUAGUUAAUUUUCCCAGUCUUUCCUAUUACCUUAAGACAAUUUGGAGUCAUUCAGUCUGGUAAGUUGUUCAACGUAUUUCAGCAGCGGAGAUAAAAGCUAAGGGACUGUCUUACAAAUUGUGGAUAUUACCUAAACGUCGAGAUAUGACAUUACCACGUCUGUGAGGCUGAAGGCUUCAAAGAGAAGAAAUGGAUCAACAGGCCUCUGCUCAUGCACAGCGAGUGAUACACAUGCUGAACCAACAGAGGGAGUUGGGUCAGUUUUGUGACGUAGUAUUAAGCGUCAGUACAGGACAGGUGUACCUUGCCCAUCGCAAUAUCCUUGCCUGCUUUAGUCAACUGUUCCAGGAUAGCAGCUCCAACACCACUGAGAACACGGAGGUGAACCUCCCUCAGGACUGCCCCUCGGAUGGACUGCAGCACCUUCUAGACUUCUUCUACACGGGCGAACUCAAGCUGGAGAAUGUCAGCUGGGAACGGGUACAUGAUGCAGCAAGCGCUCUAUCAGUGUCAAAUACACUCAUCCCUGCCCAACCCUCACCAAGAACAGCUGUUUCUGAAACAAACCUGGCUGAUUUGACCAACAGUGAAGGUAAACCGGAGAGCGUUGUGCUUGCUGCGGAUAAGACAGAUGGUGUGCCUGUUAAGGAGAGGAGUAGACAUCGGCAGAUAGCCAGACAUAAGCUUGAUUCUGCCCCUGGCACAACAGAGGCUUCAGAGUCCAUCACCAUCACAACUACUCGAUCUGGGCGGAGGGUGAAAGAGCCUAGGCGUCUUGUUGGACAGAACUCCACAGAGGUGACUUCUCAAAUUGGCAUACCCAGAAGACAAGGCUCAACACUUUCUAAGGAGGACAUCAAUGCAAAGGCAGUCAGUGCCGAGACAGAGAGCAAGAGCAGUGGCCGAGGAGGGAACCAGCCAGAGCAGGUAACUGGGCCCAUCCUGGAUGGAAGUGACCAAAAUAAAACUGCCUUGGACAAUGACCUGGAAGAUGAUACUUUUGAUGGCAAUGCUGGAGUUGAUGCUCUCAGUGAGGAUACAGAUGAAGAGUACAUGCCCAGUAGUUCACCCUCCAUCAAGGCCAUGCCAGGGCAGCGCCCCAAGCGCAGGGGUCAGGGAAAGCCUUUGAAUAAAGAGAAAGCCGAAGACGCAACAAAGGAAAGCAAGAAAGGUUCUGUGCAGUGCCCCACUUGUCAUAAAACCUUCCUAAGCAAAUAUUACCUCAAGGUUCAUAACAGGAGACACACAGGUGAGAAGCCCUUUAAGUGUGAGAUGUGUGGAAAAUGCUACUACAGGAAGGAGAAUCUGCUUGAGCAUCAGAGAAGAAAUUGUCAGAGCAGAACCGAAGUGGUGUUUUCAUGCUCUGUGUGCCCAAAGAUAUUUCACCGGCGCCAAGAGCUCCGUGUUCAUAUGGUCUCACACACUGGGGAGAUGCCCAACAAGUGUACUUCAUGCUCUGAACAGUUUAUGCAGAAGAAGGACCUCAGGAUCCACCUGAUCAAAGUCCACGGAGCUCCUAAACCUCAUGCGUGCUCUCUCUGCACCAAGUGCUUCUUUUCACGCACAGAACUGCAUCUCCAUGAAGCCUCAAAGCACCGUGGUGAGAAGCUCUUUGUAUGUGAGGAAUGUGGUCACCGUGCCUCCAGCCGAAAUGGCUUGCAGAUGCACAUAAAGGCAAUACACAGGAAUGAGCGACCAUUUGUGUGUGAAUUCUGCAACCACGCUUUUACCCAGAAAGCCAAUCUCAACAUGCACCUGCGCACACAUACAGGGGAGAAGCCCUUCCAGUGUCACUUGUGUGGCAAAACAUUCCGUACACAAGCCAGUCUUGAUAAGCACCACCGUACACACACUGGCGAGCGUCCCUAUGCCUGUGAGUUCUGUGAACAGCGUUUCACGGAGAAAGGUCCCCUGCUCCGUCAUGUUGCCAGCAAACAUCAAGAGGGCCGCCCUCAUUACUGCCAAAUCUGCAGCAAGACCUUUAAGGCUGUAGAACAGCUUCGUGUUCAUGUGCGACGUCACAAAGGAAUGAGAAAGUUUGAGUGUUCGCAGUGUGGCUACAAGUUCACCAGACAGGCUCAUCUUAGGCGUCAUGCUCAGAUCCACAAUCGUGUGGAGAACUACAACCCCCGGCAACGGCGUCUCCGUAACCUCAUUGUGGAUGCGACGGAAGACAAGGAGAUGACCUCAUCCACUCCUCCAGCCAAUCAAGGGGCUGCUGCUGAGGCCCAAACGGAUGUCAUUGGUGUUCUGAUCCAGCCAGGGACCAUCGUGGUGCAGGGAGUAGUGCCAGGCCAGGGUGCAUCGGAGCCCAGUAAUGGAGAACGCCAGACUGGGUUUCCUGUGAUCUCAACAGCAGGCAGCAGCACUGGCAGAGCGCAGGUUGGGUUUGCUGUGUUACCAGCACAAGCGGCGGUGUCCUCCAGUAAUGGGGAGACGGAGUUUACAGUGGUGGAUGUGUUAGAGCACAACUUACUGGUGACAGAUGCAUAUCCCAUACAGCACACUGAGUCAGACCACUAGGCCAGAGAGCAUACGCCAGAGAAAAAGAGAGUGGGAGAGAACUAAAGAACAACAAAUGAAGAAAAACACACAUUUGGGUCAAUUGACAUGUGAGGUCACACAUUUGAGAGUCACCAAAACUAGAAAAAAGUACUUUGACAGGACAUGGGGUAUGACAUCAUCCCUGACACAAUUCUUUAUCAUCUGCUUUGCCUUCCAACCACAGGAUUGUUCACUUCCUUAAGAAUAAAAGGAGAAAAAUUACUCAAAUUUAGAUAAAAAUGUACAGUUGCUAAAA